AUGGAUGAUAUGAAAAAUGAGGCUGUCUGUAAUGCAAUGCGCCGUGAUAGAUUUUUGCAAAUAUGUCGCUUUAUUCAUUGUGCUGAUAAUACACAAAUUGAUGCUAAAGAUAAGGCUUGGAAAAUUAUACCUCUUAUGAAUAUGAUAAAAAAUAAGUGCUUAGAAAAUUUUGUACCUCAAAAACAUCUUGCUUAUGACGAAUCAAUGGUGAAGUACUUUGGUAAGCAUGGAUGUAAGCAAUUUAUUAGAGGUAAACCAAUACGAUUUGGUUACAAAAUGUGGUGUGUAAAUACGAAUGACGGUUAUCUUGUAAAUUUUGAAUUGUAUCAAGGCAAAGAUCCUCGUGAAAACGAAAAAUAUAAUUCUAUAUUUGGAAAGGCAGUAUCACCUCUUAUUUUAAUGCUUGAAGACUUACCCAAUUCUAAAAAAAAAAAUUACCUUACUCAUUGUACAUGGAUAACUUAUUUACUGGGAUAA